UCCACGUAAAGUGCAUUUAUUUGGUAUCCAAGAUGAAGCAGUACGCGAACAAAUUAAUUACAUUCUUGAUGAAAAUGAAAUUAUCAGCAAGGGUCCCAAUGGCACACUAAGCAUGGUGUUCGAUGGGAUUAAGAGAUUGAAUAAAGUUUGCGGCUAUUAUGAGAGUGUCGAAUUAAAUUUUAUGGUGCCUGGACAUACUAAAUUCAAGUGUGAUGGUAGUUUUGGAUUGAUCAAAAAGCUUUAUCGAAAAAUGACGGUAGAUUGUGUGGAUCAUAUUGUUGAGGUUGUGAAAAAAUCGAGUACAGCAGGAUUAAAUAAAGCUCAGUGCUAUGAAAACGGCAAAGGCUUUCAAUAUUUAGAUCUUAAUUCCGU